AAAUUAAAAAAAAGAACUUGUGUAAAUUCACAACGUUGUGUGGUGUUGUAGUAAAAUAUUAUUAUUGUUUUGAUUUAAAAAACUUAUUCUUGUAAGAAUAAAUAUUAGGUCUUUGUCAUGUACUGUAUGUUACUUUACUGCUAGUAUGCUAAAUGCUUGCUAAUAUUCUUUACUCUCUUUGGUACUUGCUGUGCUAUAAUACAGGGAAAUAAAACAAUAUAAUGUCGGGAGAACCUGAGAAAAGUUAUUGCUUCAAGGUAGAAAACAAAUUUAUUGUAAAAAGCGGUUCAAAAAAACGUAUGUGGCGAUCCUUGAAGCAAAUCCUUACUGCAGAUAGAACAUUGCCUUGGCCUGAUGAUGCUGUUCUAUAUUACUCAAUCAAUGCACCUCCAUCUUUUAAACCAACAAAGAAAUACUCAGAUAUAUCUGGACUUCCAGCCCCAUACAUAGAUCGCCACUCAAAGUUAUACUAUAGUAAUGCUGAAGAAUUUGCUACUGUAAGAAAUUUACCCAUGGACAUUACAGCGGGCUACUUACAGUUGAGAGGAGCUAGUACAAUAGUUGGAUAAUCUUUAAUAAAGCUUUUAUCAUAAGAAAA